UAUCUCUCAGACUCAGACUAGGGAGUCGCCCAAACAACACGCAAAAAAGCUCUUUCACACUACAAAGUCUUCUUCUUCUCCAAGAUUUUUUCGCUUCAGUUUUAAGGGUGUCUGAAGCAUUUGCUGAAAAGAUGAGUGACAAUUUGAUGGAUAAAGUUACUGCCUUUGGCGAGCGCUUGAAGAUUGGGGGUUCUGAGGUGGGGCAAAAGAUUACGGCUGGUAUGACCUCGAUGAGUUUCAAAAUGAAGGAAUUGUUUCAAGGCCCAAAUCAGACAGACAAGAUUGUUGAGGAAGCCACAGCUGAGACUCUCGACGAGCCUGACUGGGCCACAAAUCUUGAACUAUGUGAUAUGGUCAACACGGACAAGAUCAACAGUGUUGAAUUGAUUAGGGGAAUAAAGAAAAGAAUCAUGCUCAAGAUCCCGAGAAUUCAAUACUUGGCUCUGGUGUUACUUGAAACUGUUGUGAAGAAUUGCGAGAAGGCGUUCUCAGAGGUUGCAGCUGAGAGGGUACUGGAUGAGAUGGUGAAGCUGAUUGACGACCCACAGACUGUGGUCAAUAAUCGGAACAAGGCUCUUAUGUUGAUCGAGUCAUGGGGAGAGUCCUCAGAUGAGUUGCGCUAUUUGCCUGUUUAUGAAGAAACAUAUAAGAGUUUGAAAUCAAGAGGAGUACGCUUCCCUGGUCGUGAUGAUGAGAGUCUGGCUCCAAUAUUUACUCCGGCAAGAUCUGUGGCAGCUUCAGAGCCAAAUGCCACACUUGCACAACAACUCCAUCACGAAAUCCCCAUUGCUCAAAGCUUUUCAGCUGAACAAACAAAGGAAGCAUUUGAUGUGGCAAGAAACAGUAUUGAGCUUCUCAGCACUGUUUUAACCUCCUCCCCGCAGCAAGAUGCUCUGCAGGAUGAUUUAACCAUCACACUUUUUCAACAAUGCCACGAGUCACAAUACACCGUCCAAAGAAUCAUCGAAACAGCUGGCGACAACGAGGCCCUUCUCUUCGAAGCUCUCAACGUGAACGACGAGAUUCAAAAAGUUCUAUCGAAAUACGAAGACAUGAAGAAGCCACUGGUGGUCCCGCAGGAGCCGGAGCCAGCUAUGAUUCCUGUUGCAGUGGAGCCAGAUGACUCGCCCAGAGUCGGUACAGAACAUGCUCUCGUCAGAAAACCAUCAUCAGGUGCUACUCGACAAGGAGGCAACAACAACAACGAUGAAAUGAUGGACGAUCUUGAUGAGAUGAUUUUUGGUAAGAAAGGCGGCGCCACAUCAUCAUCUUCGUCAGGACAAGAUGCAAAGAAACAGCAGCCACCUAAAGAUGACCUCAUCUCCUUUUAAGUAGAUAGAUAGAUUAAUCAAUUGACCAUUUGUUUAUGGCAUGCUGGUGUUGAUAUUUUUUUACUUCUGAUAUUUAGAUCAUCCUCAGACAAUAAAACUGCGUCUUUUUUUCCUUUUUUUUUACUGUUUUAAUUUGGAAAUUCGGGUUAUUCUUGAUCUCGACGCACAUGUAUGCAUGAUAUUCGUAAUGGAACUGAACUGGAUUUGUUGCCUUAGCAUUCAGUAUUCAUGUCACAGAUUUGGAGUUAUAUUUGGUGAAACGUUUGUGGAUUGUGGUCUUGAUUUU